CAGCUGCCACCCCUCCUUCACGCACUUUGCCUCAUCCACCAUCAUAUAAACCCAUCCUUCAAUCCCCUAAUCACAGCACUCGAACGAUCAAGAGAAAUUCACAAGCUUCACAGCACGAGAGUUAAAGAGCGAGACACGGUUUGAUCCAGUGAAGGGCCGGCCCCCGGAGAUGGCGAAGACGCUCACCGCGCUGGCUGGGGAGAAGACCCUCCAGUCCAAGUUCGUCCGCGAUGAGGAUGAGCGCCCCACGGUGGCCUACAACCAGUUCAGCAACGUGAUCCCCGUGAUAUCCCUGGCGGGGAUCGAUGAGGUUGGCGGCCGGAGGGCCGAGAUCUGCAAGAAGAUCGUGGAGGCGUGCGAGGACUGGGGCGUCUUCCAGGUGGUUGACCACGGGGUUGACACGGGGCUCAUCACCGAUAUGACCCGGCUCGCGCGUGAGUUCUUCGCUCUGCCCUCGGAGGAGAAGCUCCGGUUCGACAUGACUGGCGGCAAGAAGGGGGGGUUCAUCGUCUCGAGCCAUCUCCAAGGCGAAGCAGUCCAGGACUGGCGCGAAAUAGUGACGUACUUCUCAUACCCGCUUCGAACCCGAGACUACUCCCGAUGGCCCGACAAGCCGGAGGCAUGGAAGUCGGUGACAGAGCAGUACAGCGAGAAGCUCAUGGCCCUCGCUUGCAAGCUCUUGGAGGUCCUCUCGGAGGCAAUGGGACUGGAGAAGGAGGCACUGACCAAGGCAUGUGUGGACAUGGACCAGAAGGUGGUGGUCAACUACUACCCCAAAUGCCCGCAGCCCGACCUCACGCUCGGGCUGAAGCGCCACACUGACCCGGGAACCAUCACCCUUCUGCUCCAGGACCAGGUGGGGGGCCUCCAGGCCACCAGAGAUGGCGGCAAGAGCUGGAUCACCGUCCAGCCUGUGGAAGGGGCUUUUGUGGUCAACCUAGGCGAUCAUGGUCAUUUCCUGAGCAACGGGAGGUUCAAGAACGCGGACCACCAGGCGGUGGUGAACUCCAACUACAGCCGCCUCUCCAUAGCGACGUUCCAGAACCCGGCGCCGGAGGCCACGGUGUACCCGCUGAAGGUGAGGGAGGGGGAGGAGUGCAUCAUGCCGGAGCCCAUCACCUUCGCGGAGAUGUACAGGCGGAAGAUGAGCAAGGACCUGGAGCUCGCCCGGCAGAAGAAGCUGGCCAAGGAGCAGGAGCAGCUCAAGGACGCGGAGAAGACCAAGCUGGAAGCCAAGCCAAUUGAGCAGAUCUUCGCUUGAUGAUGAGAGUUCCAAAGCCUUUCUUUACGUUCUUUCCCAUUGGCUCCCUCCCUCGCUGUUGUGGUCCCAUUACCACAGAGUCUCGUGAAUCACGGUUGUUCCAGUGGCCGUUCUAUGUAUGGCAUUGCAAUAACAUUGGUCUUGUUUCUCGGA